CACAAAAUUAACAGUAAUUACGACGGUGGUAUUUGACUGAGGAGAAAAGGAAACUUCGCUUUUGCUCUGUUUAUCGUCACACUCGCACAAUGUCCUCUUCUACUGAAACUCUCUCUAACUUCAAGGAAGCCGCACAAUCCAUCAUGUCCACGCGCCAUACCUGGAGCGAGUUCCUCUCACUCUCCGCCCUCACACUUCCUUCCUCAUUCUCCGAUUUCACCACGCGCAUCGGUAUCAAUCUCACGCGCUUCCUCUUCCACUACUCCUUCAUUCUCCUCUUCAUCCUCCUCAUCACCCUCGUCUACCACCCUCUCUCCAUCCUCCUCCUCCUCCUCUCUUUCGCCGGCUGGUACUUCCUAUUCUUCUCCCGUGACUCCGCCGAACCCUUCUCGUUAUUCAACCUAGUAGCAGUUGACGAUCGGGUCGUCGUUUUGGCUCUGGCGGUUUUCACUUUGGUUGUUAUUGCUGUGACCGGCGUGUGGUUGAACGUCUUGUUGUCGGUUGUUGUGGCGGCUGGUGUUGUUUGCUUGCACGGCGGAUUGAGGAGGACGGAUGAGGUUGGUUUGGAUGAUUACGAAUCUCCGUACGGUCCUAUGCUCACUGAUGCUGGUCCCUAUGCACCUGUAUGAUCAUCUUCAUUUUCAUUCUUUAACGGUAGAUUGGAUUGAAUUUAAUUGAAUUCACUAACAGCCUACAAUUAAUUUCUAUUUUUCAUUCUGUUAUGCAAUUUAUUUAUAUUGUUGAAAGUAGUCGCCAUGUAGUGGAUUUAGGGUUUUGUGCAUACAACUUAAUUAAUCAAAAAUUAGAAUACUUGUCUAUUCCCUUUUGCUUCGGAGUUGUCGUCUAUGUUAGUCUGAUGUUAAGCUGAUCUUUAGCUUUAGCAUUGCUAUGAUAUUGCAAUGCAAUUAUCAAUUUGAUUCCUAAGCUAUAGAACUUUAAUGUGUACUCCUUCAAAUAUUUUAAAUCUAUCAAAGCUAGUCUUUGAAUUAUCA